AUGUCUGAACGAGAUUCCACUAAGCUGCUGGCUUUAUUCUUCUGUUUCGCUUCCUUUGCAUCUGUCGCUGGUGGAGAUAGCGAAGCACAAGCUCUGUUGAAGUGGAGGGAUAGCUUUAACGACCAAAGUCAAGCUACCUUGUCGUCUUGGAAGAAUGAUACUAACCCGUGCAGAGAGUUGUGGAGGGGAAUUUCUUGUGAUGAAUCCAUGUCUGUGAUCAACAUAAGUCUCUCAAAUCUUAGCCUUCAAGGUACACUUUCCACUCUAAACUUUGCUGCCUUUCCUAGUCUCCUCAGCUUCGACAUACGUUACAACCAAUUUCAUGGAUACAUUCCCCACCAAAUUGGUAAAUUGUCCCGUAUUUUGAUGUUGAGUUUGUCAGAUAAUCGAAUUAGGGGUCCCAUCCCUCCUGAAAUCUGGAAUCUCACCGCUCUAAAUCAUCUUGAUCUUAGUGCAUGUAAUCUCACAGGACAAAUUACCCAUGAAAUUGGGAAUUUGAGGAAUUUGAAUUUCCUCUGGCUUGGAGAAAAUUCUCUUUCCGGUCCCAUUCCUGAAGAGAUUGGAAUGUUGAGCAAUCUUUUGGAUCUUCGCUUGCAUAGCAACUCUUUGCUAGGGGGAAUCCCACCAUCAAUCGGAAACUUGACCAAGUUGCAAAUACUUUUUCUUUAUGAGAACUAUCUCACAGGUCCCAUUCCUGCUGAAUUCUGGAAACUGAAUUCUCUCGUUGACAUUGGAUUUCGUUAUAAUAAAUUUUCUGGGCCAAUCUCUCCCUCGAUAGGAAACCUAACAAAUCUCAAAUAUUUGUCCCUUUCUAAUAACAGAUUUGUUGGCUCAAUUCCUUCAUCCAUCGGCAACUUGAUCAAUUUACAUGAUUUCCACGUUCGAAACAAUAGUCUUUCAGGAUUUAUUCCUUCCACUAUAGGAAAUAUGACAAAACUUAACCUCCUAUUCAUGUCUGACAACAAUUUUAGUGGUCAACUUCCACGAGAAAUGAAUAACUUGACAAGUUGUCGGAACAUACAACUGGUUAAUAAUCAUUUCAGUGGUCCUUUGCCACAAAAAAUUUGUCAAAGUAGGAUGUUAGUUGCCCUCGCUGUAAAUGGUAAUCAUUUUAGUGGCCCUAUUCCAUCAAGUUUGAAGGAUUGUUCGAGUCUACAAAGACUCAGGUUUGAUAAUAACCAAAUGGUGGAUAAUAUAACAGAUGCUUUUGGAGUAUAUCCUAAUUUGUACUACAUAGAUCUUAGUGGCAAUCAAUUGUAUGGACACCUUUCAUCUAGGUGGGGGGAGUGUCAAAGCCUCACACAAAUGAUUAUUCACAGUAAUAACCUUUCUGGUGAUAUACCACCAAAACUUGGAGAGGCAACUAAGCUUGGUUUACUUAACUUGUCUUCAAAUCAUCUGUCUGGACAAAUCCCAAAAGAACUAGAAAAGUUGAUCAUGUUGCAAGAACUCUCAUUGAGCCACAAUAACUUGUCUGGUAAUGUCCCCUCAAAUAUAAGGUCACUUACUCAACUUCAAAAAUUAGAGUUGGCAGCAAAUAAUUUCAGUGGCUCAAUCACAAGAGAGCUUGGGGAAUUAAAAAGCUUAAGAGCCUUGAAUUUGAGCAAAAACAAAUUUGAUGAAAGCAUUCCUUAUGAGUUUGGUGAACUCCAAGCCCUUGAACAACUUGAUCUUAGUGACAAUUUGCUGAUUGGAACAUUACCAUCAAGGCUUGGAAUGUUACCCAACUUGCAAAAGGCCCUGUUCCAAAUAGACCAGCCUUUCACAACUUUGAUGGAUUGA